CCUUAGCAGUAUCCACUUGAAAUUGACAACAGCGCACUUCCUGGUUUUUAUUUACAUGGCUCUUGGUAGCUAUUAUGUAUAAUUCACAGGCAGGGAGAUGGACGGAUCCUUGACAAAUGCAACCUUACCUAAGGCAAGCAUUUCUAUGUCUUAGCUGUGGCGAUUGCAUCGUCCGUCUCUGCACUGACCUGGGUAGUGGACUAACUAAUGCUGCACCUCCUUUAUUUAGAAGGAGAACAAUGGCCAAGGGCAGGAAGAGGUCAAACGAGCCUAAAGGCCGGAAGAUCACCCUGAAGAUGGCCAAGCUGGCCUUGAAGCUGACCAUGGACGGAAAACGUCGCCUGGACCUCAGCAACAUGGAGAUUGCUAUCUUUCCAAAGUGCAUCCUGAAGCUGUGUGAUGUGGACGAGCUGGACCUGAGCCGCAACCUGUUGAAGAAGCUUCCCAACUCCAUCGAUAAGUUUGUCAACCUCCGUUGGCUGGACCUCCACAGCAACCAGCUAGAUCACAUUCCAGAAGCCAUCGGGCGCCUCCAGAACCUACACAGCCUCAACCUCUGCAACAACCACCUGAGCACCGUAGGACUCCCCAGUGAGAUCGGCCUCCUGCGGAAGCUAAGGAGUCUCAACCUGGGCAUGAACGUCCUGGAGAGGAUCCCGUCCUCAAUCGCGGGCCUCAAGGAGCUGCGCCACGUGGCCCUGUUCAACAACCUCCUGACUCGGGAACCCGACUGCCUCCGAAAUCUGCCCCACCUAGAGAGCGUCAACUUAAAGUGCAACCCGAUCCCGCCCGAGGACGACAAAGGCACAGGCGCCGUUCGGAGGGUGGAGUGCCUGUACCUGGUGAAGGAGAGCUGCCUGUGUGCCUCUUGCCUCUGGAAGGUCAAAGAGGACAGGCGGAAGGUGGACAGUUGGCUGAGCGAAGACCACUCCCACAGGAAGUCCAGGUUUUCCGGCAUGAUCACGCCAAACUCAGUGGCACAGGAGGACCAGGUCACCUGGAGGUGAUGGUGUCACCUAAAGAUCACAAAAGGUCAAUUUUAUGCUCUAUUGCAACUUCAACUGCACAGAUAUAGCAGCUACUAAUUACUUGACAAACAAUCUAUAUUAGUGAAAUCAAUAAUUAUGGAAGAAGAAACAUGUGUAACAAGGGAUGUUGUCAAACACGUGUAACCAGCCUUCUACAAGCUGCUCCAGUCCGUUGUACUCUAACGCCCUCUAGAGUUUGGGUGCCUGUAAUAUUCUUCAAGCACUGCAGAGUAAACCUACCUUAGUUUCAACACAUGGUUCUUUUAUUUAGCAAUUUUUUCUAAAUACAUAUCACAUUUCUCUAACAAUAAACACUGUUUCAUUAUCAUUCUGGUGAAUGAGUCUCUAUUCCAUGUUCAGGAAUCACAGUUGGCCAAAGAAAACAGCAUCACAGACGCAAUACCUAUUGGACUAAAGGGUUACUAACCCAUUUGUCUGGAUACAAUCUGUGCUCACAACACCUCAUAGCCCAAUUAUCAUCAUGCUAUUACCAUAUAUUCAGUUAUAAUAUUCCCCUUGAGAUGCAAGGAAAUUACCAUCUCGAACAUUGCAUUGUAUUUUCUACACCGAUGGCUGGGGCUGAAGCUGACCAGAGAAGUGCUGAAUCAACAAGGUGAAGACACUUAAUCAUUCAUUAAGUGGUGAACAGACACAACUGAGUAUUGGUCUGAGCAUCAUAAAAUGUAAUCACGUUUAUCUUUUUAUAACUGUGUCUUCCUUAACCGAUCAACCCCCUCAUCAGUGCUCCUUUUAGUAUUUAAGUCUAAAGCUUCCCAGUCAUCCUUGCUAACACGCUUUAAAUCACACACACCAUCACUGCUGUGUCCGAGCCAUAGGAAAUCAUUGGACCAGAGCGCACUCGCUCACUCCAUCCGUCAGGAAAGCAGAAUGCGGUGGCGCAGAAGCAGUAGCAUGUCUGUUGUCACGCGUGUGCAUGUGCGAUUUGGGAUG